AUGAUUAUUCCGAUCCGUUGCUUCACUUGCGGGAAGGUUAUCGGCGACAAAUGGGAGGCCUAUCUCGGCUUUUUGCAGUCCGAGUUCAGUGAAGGUUCGUUUUUUCUCACUUUAUCAAAAAAAUGAUUAUUUUUCUAUAUUUUUUUGUUGGUUUUUAGGUUGUUAUUUUGUUCGAUAAGGUGUUAUUUAACAGGAAAAUUCUUUUGAAAAACGUUCAAAAAGCCGCCAGGAACCUUAAAAAAAGAAAAAAAGUUCAUUUCAACGUUUCUGAAAUGGUUCAAAAGGCCCAGCUUUUUCCAUGAAGAAGAUUUUUAUCAGAAAAAUUAGCCACAUUCCUCCGAAAUUAUUCUACUUUUUACUAUUUCCGACACCGUUUCUAAAAAAACUUUUUUAAAAAAAUCACUAGAAAAAAAAUGCUGGUCGAAAGGAGAAAAAAAUUUUUUUAGUAAUAUAAAAAGUUUUAUCAAAAAUUGAGGUCUUAUUACAAAAAUUGAAAAUGUAUGAAACAAGAUUUUGAGCAGAAGUUCUAUAAGAAAUCUUACGAAAAAUCGUGACAGCAAUUUUUUUUUUCAGAAGUGUUUUUCCAUAUGUCCAAACGGCCACAAGAAGAAAAUAUCUAGAGCUUAUUUUUGUCCCUAAAGAGGUUUCAGAAGUUUGUCUAAAAUCUCCUUUUUUCCCUCCUAAAAAAGUCGAGUAAAAAAAAAAGAGCCCGUCUCUUCAUCCAGAAUCUUUUUCAACAUUUCAGGAAACGUUUAACUUUUUUUUCCGAUGUUUCUCGCGUAUUUUGAAGGGUCCCCUUAAGAAAUUAAAGAAAAUGAUACUUUUUAAAUUAUAUUUUCCCUGUGUAAGAAGUCCUUUAUUUUUUGUUGAUUCCAAAAAAAAAACAUUGAAUAUUCAAAAUAACGAUUUUCGAAGUAAAAAAACUGAAAACCCUAGUUUCAAAAAAAAAAAUUAUCAAGCUGGCUUUUCAAGACCCACAAGCUUCUUUCUUUCAAUUUUUUUCGAAAAUGAUACUUCUCGUCAUUCUUUGUACUGUGUUCCGUACGAGACAAUCAUGCUUUAAUAGAACUGCACAAAAAAAAAUUUCCGUGUACACAGCUUUUUUUUGCACGUUUUCUGUACAAACCUGUUGAAAAGACAGCAAAAAACAAAAGCCUUGAAAAAUUUCAUCUAGUCUGGUUUAUGGUCGUUUUGGAAGAAAAAAACGUGACUAUCAUGUGCGAAAAGGGCUUUACUUUCUUUCCAAUUCGCGUUCCAAAAAGGAAAUUUGAAAAUUUAUCAAGAUCUCUACAAAAAAUAACAAGCCAAUAUUCAUAUGUAAAGACUGAUCAUUUCAUGUACGUUUUCUGAAACAGAAAUGUGAGUUUGAAGGUGACGCCCUCGACGCCUUGGGUUUGCGACGAUAUUGCUGUCGUCGGAUGUUGCUGGCCCACGUGGACCUCAUCGAAAAGCUUCUUAACUAUCAUCCCCUCGAAAAGUGA